AUGUUCCCUCAGCUUGGCUCUGCGCCGCCGGAGUGGGCCGGCGACUGGGAGCCGUCGCCGGAGACCUCGCCGAGCUACGGCGCCUCGCGCGCGCCCGGGAUGCGCGCCGCGAAGGCCGACACGGAGGACACGUCCAUGGGGCCGUACGGCACCUCGGUCGGUCACGGGGGGCGCGGCGCGGCAAGCGACGCGCGCGGGGGCGCGCUGGGGGCGCUGGGGCGCGGCGGCGGCGCGCAGGCUCCGGUGUACACCCACUGGCUGAACCGCGGGCAGGGCGACAACGCAGCCGCGGGGGGGUCUCCUGCGAGGGGGGGCGGUCUCGUGCAGUCGGUGGCGUCCGUCGGCGACACCGACCACGACGACGUCGUCACGAGCCGGCCGCAGACGCAGCCGUCGAGCCGCUCCAACUCCCGCCGCAACAGCUUGCAGCGCGCCGACACGCGGCCCUACAACGGGGGCCUCCCGAUGCCCGGCCAGACCGACGCCGCCCCCGGGGCGCGCGGGGGCGGCCGCCCGCCCCUCGGGAGCGGCCGGGGCCGCGCCGCAGACGCGCCGCAGUCCCCGCAGCACGACGCGAUCCCCGUCGGCGCCGCGCAGCCGCCGCCGGCGCCCGCGGCGCUCGCCCGGCAGAGCUCGAGCGACAACAACAACGCGCUCUCCGAGCAGGGGCUCGCCGGGGGCGGCCUGGGGUCCUCGUGGGGCCACGACGGCGACAUGGACGCGUCGCGCGCGACGGGCGUGGGCACGGGCUCCAUCGCGGACCCCACGGCGGUCCGCGGGCGCGCCCCGGCGGCCCACCAGGGCCCGCGCCGCGUGCUGCGCGUGGGGCGCUUCGACUCGUGGGCGCGCAUGGUCGCGUACGAGGCGUGCUGGCAGGUCUGCCUGCAGUCCGCGCUGUCCGGCGAGCGCCUCGCGGAGCCCUUCCUGGACCGCGGCUGCCUCCUCCUGAAGAAGGCGUUCGGGAUCGAGGCGCUGGUUCUCGGAAACCCGAACCAGGACCGGCCCGAGGUGAUAUGGGAGGACGUCGACACGGUGCAGGAGGCGCUGGGGACGGACGAGGACUACCAGCGCUACACCGAGCGCGUCCGCGAGGGCCUGCGCGUCGAGGUGCUGAAGAUCCAGCGGCGGCAGGCGCGCGGCGGCGGCGGCGACGCGGGCGACCCGUUCGUGGUGCUGCGGCCGCGCUCGCGCCCCGAGGACGCCGCGGUCGUCGUGCGGCCGGGCGGGUCGGGCGGCGGGGGGUCGUCGUCGGUGCUCGUGAGCCAGGCCGAGGCCGCGGAGGACAUGCUGCUCGAGCUGUGGGACGGGGCGGGGUGCCUGGCGCGCGGGGCGGUGCCGAUGGGGGCGCUGUGGGCGUCGCUCGAGGGCGUCGAGGAGGUGCUCGCGGAGGUGGGCGGCGGCGCGCCGGGCGCGGCGGGGGCCGGGGGCAAGGAGGGCGGCCACUGCGGCGCCGGCGCGGGGGGGCUGGGGAACGCGCUGCGGCACAAGGCGGCGCGGCUGGUGCGGCGCGCGGCGGGGCGGAAGGACCCGGUCGUGCUCGGGGCGCUGCGGGACGGCGACGGCGGCGCGCGGCACAAGGUGCACUUGCUCGGGGAGAGCGGCGUGGCGGUGGGCAAGGUGACGCUGGCGCUGUGGCGGCCGACGCGCGCGGAGGCCGACAUGGCGAACGGGCGGCAGGCCGGGCGGAUGUGCGAGCUCGGGGACGGCGUGGGCGUCGGCGGCGGCGGCAACGGCGGCCGCGCGGACGGCGGCGGCGCCGCGAGCGCGCUGCAGCGCUCGUGGUCGCUCAACAACCAGCAGGCGUACGACAUGGCGCUGAUGGCCGCGCUCGCCGCGCAGGGCUGCGGCGCGCGCAAGCUCGUCCUCGAGGGGCCCUGGCAGUGGCUCCUCAAGGAGCUCGCGCGCGUGUACGGCGUGCGGGAGGCCUACACGGCCCUCACGUACCUCAAGUGGGCGCUGCAGCCGCAGCACGCGACGCCGACCGCGGACUGCUUCAGCGUGCUGCUCGCGGGCGUGCGGCCGCUCAAGGAGGCCGAGCUCGCGCGCACGCUCCCGGCCGAGGAGUCGGCGAUGCUGCGCAGCAUCUGUCAGGCGGUGGAGUCCCUCGUCGCGCGCGCGCUCGAGUCGUACCGCAUGCUCUCGGAGCAGGCGCCGUCGGGGCUGUGCGGGCCGGGCGAGGCGCCGCCGCAGCUGCCCGCGCCCGCCAUGGCGCCCGCGCUCGCGCUGUACUCCAUGCUGCGCGACCCGCUCUCGCCGUCCGACCAGCAGUGGCUCUCCGCGCGGUUCCAGACGGCGGCGCGCCGCCGGUACCUCAAGCUCGAGCUCGUGUGCGCGGAGGCGCCCGACAGCGUCGCGCCGGCGCCGCACGCGCCCGGCGGCGCGCAGGGGGGCGGCGCGGCGCGGGCGGCGGCGGCAACGGCCGCGGCACCUCCGCGGUGGGCCCGCGCGGCGCCGACCACGCCGGCGGCGGGCAGUCCGGUGCGGAGCGCGAGUACCGCCAGAUCGAGGCGCUGUGCAACGCCAUCCGCGUCGACCUGGAGGGCGACAUGCGCGUCCAGAGCGCGCGGAUCCUUCCGUCGUUCGUCAACCUCCCGCGCAUCGUCGCCGCGGAGUACUGCAAGGAGCUGGUCGAGCAGCUCGAGGCCGUGCUGA